AUGGCGGGAAGCCCAAGAUUGGCGGAGGACCUCCCGAUCCGUAGAUGGGAGGUCGUGACACGGCCACGGCGGCGGUGGUGGUGGGGACAGAGGCGGCGACCAUGGGAUGAGGCGGACGGGAGGAAGCCAGCCUUACUGGGAGAAAAACGAAGGAGAGGGAAGGGAGAGAAAUGGAGGGAAGGCAGAGAGGGAGAGAGAUGCGAGGGAGGAACGGAGGCAGAGGAGAGGGGGUGCAGUGUGGGGUGGGUGUGCCAUGAUGAGCCGGUGAUCUGCGAUUGCCACCAUAGUUUCGGGUGCAGUCCAUACAAAACCCAUCCAUGUCCGACUCCACUACCGUCCCAUCGAUCACUGCGCAAGAUGUACAGAGAAUGUUGUGUUGACACAAUAGAUGUCGUUGUCGGUGAUGUGGUCAAUGCCGUUGUUGAUGAAGUGGUCACUACUGUCAUCAAUGAUGCAGUCAUAGUUGAUGUCAUCUUUCAUGAAGUGGUUGAUUCCAUUGUCAGUGAAACGACCGGUCCAACGGUGCACGCGCGGAGAUCAGGGCCCUUCUACCUUCCACAUAGGCUUGAACGGGGAGGUCAUGGCAACUCCCUCUUCAGCGUCAAUGGCGUGCACGGCAUCCGUCCUCGUCACGUUAUAACUUGGGUCAGAUGCUGGGAGCCUCUUAGUAUUUUAGCGGUUUUAAUGUCAAAUAGGGGAUUUUCUCAAAUUGAUACCACCGAGUAUCACAGGGAUAGAUUUAGGUUUCGAUAUUUACCUAGUGUGGCAUCAGAGAAUAGCAUGAAAUUGACACACUCUGAAUCCCUGGACAUAAUUGGCGCAAGAAUAUGGACAAUAGACCAGGGAGUGCUGGAAGAUGGAGAACAGAUUGCAGUGAAGAUGCUCCGUUUCAUGCCAGGUUUUUAUGACCAGCAGUUCCAAAAGGAAUUUGAAAUCCUUAAGCAGCUCAAGCACCCUAAUAUUGUCCCACUAUUAGGCUUCUGCGAUGAAGCUCAGGAAGUUCACGAGAACUGGAAAAGGUGUCUACAGGAGAUACCCAGGUAUGAAUCACUUGAAGCAGAUUGCAAACAAGUGAAAAGAUGUAUCGAGAUUGCAAGAAACUGCAUGGAGACUGACCGAUAUAAGAGGCCUACAAUAAAGGAUAUCGUGAGUCAAUUGGAUGAGAUGGGAAAUUUGGAAAUUGACUCAAAGCUGCCGAUGGAAAAGGGGCUCUUGAGGACUAAGCAGCAGAAAUCUAGCAAUAAUAUGCACAAUGAUCCUCCGUCGGAGAUCUGCCAUCCUGCCCACCCGGAGCACAAGCUGAAGCUGAUGGACGACGGUGCGCCGUUCAUGUGCAACGGCUGCAAGGAGCCCGGUUACGGGCCCAGCAUGUACUCGUCUGGAAGCUUCUAUGGGGAGGAUGAUGCAGGUCCAAUGGGUAGUGCGGUUGCUCAGCAGGUUCAAUUGAACCCAGGCAGGAAGGGUGGCAUGAGGACUGGAUGGAAGAGGAUGACCUCCUCGAUGAAGAACAGGAUCUUCGCGACAGCUGCAGCGAGUAAUCACGGGAUGAUGCAGGGUGACCAGGGGCGGGUUAAUCCGGGCAAGGAAGCUGUUGGUGACCGCCUAGAAGCCAGCCGAGGUCCAGUUCAGCAGGGUAAUUGGAACCAGGGCCAAGGGGGGCGGUUCUAA